AUGCCUAAUACUAUUUCAGGUGAGAAUGCGGUUUUGAAGAUGCUCCCCACAUAUAUACGUGCGAUGCCAAACGGUGAAGAAACUGGGGAAUUUUUGGCACUAGAUCUCGGUGGCUCGCACUUUCGUGUUCUCUUUAUCAAGUUGAAUGGGAGGGAAGCUGAAAUGAACGGAAAGAUAUAUCAUGUUCUUGAAGAGCUGCGUAAAGGAUCUGGUACUACGGUGAGAACUUCCGCAUCCUAUUUCGCUCUCGUCAUCACAGGCCUGAUGUAA